ACACACUAAGCGAUCGCGACAUCGCGUUACAGGUCUUCCGGCAGUGCGUGUUUCACGCGCCGUUCUCACGUUCCUCUUUGCUGGUUGCACGAAUCUAGCUAACUGCCGUCCUUCGUGCAUGACGAGCGUGCUUUUAUACACAUCAAACGACCCGAAGACAUCUCAGGCCUCGUAUUCAAUUAUGCGAGAAAUACGGCGCAUUGGUUGUGCGCUAUAGCUGUGCUCGUUGCCGGGGUGAAUAUGUUUACAUUUUGUUUGUAAAUUUCCGAUCGAUUCAUUCGACUUUUUUGUAACUUACGAACCACUUCAGUGAUAUAAAUAGAGCUUUCAGAUCUAAAGAAAGGAAGCUUCAUACCCUUGAGCGGAGAGCCUGACGUGCAGAAAGUCUAAACGCUUAUAACGCCGGUUUCGCCUCGGGGAAUAUAUGCAUAGGUGUAGGAAUAUACGUCCACGAGACCGCGCCGCAACGUAAUUACCGGCCAACCUGUCGACUGGGUUAAUGGAACGAGUUUUGCGCGGACGAUUAUGAAGUCGACGAGGAUAAAUGUCAGCGACGUGGUUUUGACGGAACUUCGUUUCGCUGCUAGCUGCUGCAGCGAGUGCAUGAUCAUAAAAUCGUAUCGCACAGGAACUGUUAGUUUCAUUCUCUCCUUACUUUUCUUGUACACUUUAUAAAUUAUUAAUCAUGUAUUAGUGCAAGCUUCUUAGUUAUCUUCUUUUGGCACCUAAUAUUUGCUCUUAACGAUGUGUUGUGCUUGCUUGCAUGUAUUAUUACGUUUAUAUGCACGUUUCUUGCCUGUGUCGUACUGUACGUAUAGGCAUGUUAAUUUGUUAAUUUUUCGCAUGAAGUUGAGCGUACCUUUUUUUUUUUGAUGAUACGUUGAAUGGUGACAUAAGACAUUGGCAAACCUAUGAGACGUUCACACCUAUAUAUAUACAGCUUAAUUGCUGUUUCGUUUAUUCGUUAAAAUACGUCUUUACGUACGCGCUUCAGUUUAUUGCGUACACCUCUACAAACUAUUCGCAGCAUAUAUUUGACCAUCGUCGACGCUAUAUUAUCUUACAGCGUAAAUUUUUAUCACAAACACUCUCAAUGUCUGUCAUUGCACGGCCCGCCCAAACCCAACUGAGAGGUAGGCACGCCCUUCGGGUUCCAAAGCUGGGCAGGAAAGCCAGCUUUACGACGUGCGCGCACGUCGAAAGCUUUGCGCUUGGAUUUUUAGUGCGGCCGCCGCCCCCGCAUGUCCAGGAAUUUUUCUGUUCGCCUUAAGCGGUCUCGAUUGGAAUCAUCUCUUUGGUUCCUUGUUGUCGUUGUAGGUGCGCUAGGCAGACUGUGAAACAGGCCGUUCACCCCUGCUGCAGAAAAGUAACACAGAGGUAACUACAACAGGCACAAUCUCUACACCCACUACCACCACAUUGCAUUGAACCCCCCACCACAAAAAUGAGUAGGAACGAAGCACUGAGGUACCACAUGGAUUCAGGCGGAAGCAGUGGUGACGAGGCAGACGGGGGUGUUGCCACAAUGGCAGACUACAUCAGGGGCAAGAAGACAUACACCAAGUGGGACGCAGACACCGACAACGUGGACAUGGACCUGUCGCCCGAGGCACCACACGUCCAGGUGGCCUCCAGCCCUGGCUGGUUCUCCGGAACAAAGGGACGAGUGCUUCGCGUGCUGAUAGUGGGAGUCAUCUUCCUGGUGGGGCUCAUGUGCGGCUACGUGGCACGCAAGAGCAUGCGUGAUCUUGGUCAGGCAGCGCAGUCAUCCUGCCCCAUGCCAGGGGGCAUCUACUCCUUCAAGGAACGCUUUGCAGAGCAGCUGCUUACCGGCGUUGACAAGAAAAACCUUGACAGCUGGUUGCGGGUGAUGAACGUGGACUACCACAUGGCUGGAACCGAGAGGGGACAGCAGCUGGCCAUGCGGAUUGAGCAGGCCUGGAAGCUUUACGGUGUGGACAACACACGCACCGAGGUCUUCAAGCCUCUGCUGUCUUUUCCGGACAAGGAACACCCAAAUGAGGUGCGAAUAAUGCGUGGCACCAACGUGCUGUUCAACACUUCUGAAAAGGGUGCCGAGGCAGCCAUGACAGUGAAGCCAUUUUCAGCCUAUUCACCUGCAGGAAUUGUCAAGGGCAAGCCUGUGUAUGCCCACUAUGGAACAGAAGCCGACUUUGCGCUACUCAGGAGCAAGAACAUCAACCUCAACAAUACCAUCGCCAUCAUCAGAUAUGGAAAAAUACACCGUGGUUACAAGGUGAAACUGGCCGAGGAGAAUGGUGUGGCAGGUGUCCUGCUCUACAGCGAUCCCUUCGACAGCCCCGCUGACCGGGCCAGCCCCUCGGGAGGAUUUCGACUGCAAGGGGACGGGGUGGAGCGCGGGAACCUCAAGAGCUACCCUGGCGACCCUGGAACCCCUUACCUUCCUGCUACAGACGAUGUCUACAUGCCUCCAAGGAGUGACCGCAAGUCUCUAGGCCUUCCCUCAAUUCCUGUGCAGCCAGUCAGCUAUAACGAUGCUCGCCAGUUGCUCAACAACAUGUCUGGCAGCAUGGCUCCGGUGGAAUGGCAGGGAAGGUUGAACAUCACGUACAACUUGGGCCCUGGCUACAGCACUGGAGACGACGUUCAGGUGGAGCUGGCGGUGCACAACAUCUUGCAGCGCUCCAACAUCCACAAUGUCAUUGGUGUCAUGAUGGGAAACUUCGAGCCAGGCAGAUAUAUUAUUGUGGGCUGUCAUCACGAUGCGUGGACCAGAGGUGCGGGUGACCCUGGCACAGGGAUGGCCGCCCUUAUGGAACUGGUCCGGCUCUUUGGAAGCCUCAGAAAAAACGGUUGGACUCCUGGCAGAACACUGGUGUUCGCUAGUUGGGACGCAGAAGAAUUUGGGAUGGUGGGCUCCAAUGAGUGGGUGCAGGCACAUGAACAGGAGCUCUACCACCGCACAGUGGCGUACAUCAACCUGGACCAGGCAGUCUCUGGGAACAGCUCUCUGUAUGCACUGGCUAGCCCCCUGCUGCGUCAGGCACUGAAGGAAGCCGCGGAGCUGGUGCCCUGCCACGAAGGUUCGCACUCCGAGAUGAGCGUCUACGACAUGUGGAAGAUGCGCAAGCCUCGCGUGCCCAACAACGCGCAUGCACCACCGCUCAUAAUGCCCCCUGCAUCAGGCUCAGAUUUCGCUUCCUUCCUGCUGAGCCUCGGAGUGGCUUCUGCACACCUACAGUUUGUGGGAAAAGAUCCGGCAUCGGACUACCCAGCGUACCACACGGCGUACGACACAUACGAAGUGGUGGUGAACCAGACAGAUCCAGGCCUGCGCUCGCUGUCCAGCCUGGUGCGGGUGGUCGGCGUGCUCCUGCUGAAACUGGUGGACUCGCUUCAGCUGCCCAUGCAUGCAGCCGACUACGCCGAACAGAUACGCCUCGACUAUGCAGUCUUCGAGAAGACCUACGCCCCGCUGCUCAAGGAUCACAACAUUGAUCUCGAGCCGCUGUCCAAGGCCCUGAUCCAGUUUGAGCAGGCCGCGCUGAAUUUCCACGACAACUAUGAGGAGAUGAAUAAAAACAACUUGCUGCUGGCUCUUCAGGAGUACAAUGAUCGACUGAUGCAACUGGAGAGGGCGUUCCUUCUCCCCGCGGCCUAUCCUCACCACCCACACUACAGGCACGUCAUCUACGGACCGGACGUGGACAGCGGCUACCGCAGCGUGCUGUUUCCACACCUGACGGCUGCCAUCGCAAACGCGCGGCAGGACAACCACUCUCCAAGCUGGAACCGCGUGCGGGAGUGCCUCUCGUACGUCGUGCAUGCCCUCCGGUCGGCCACCAACGUUCUCAGCAGUGCCGUCGUCAGCUGGCACGCUGCCGAGCUCUGAGCGGCUGCAGCGACGGUGGCCGCUGCCCAGUGCGCUCCCCCAUCAUUCACUGUACUGUCCACUUCAUCCCUCCUGGCAAUUGCUGUUCUCCAUCCAAGCACACUUAACAUCAUGUGUACAUUACAACUUGAAGAAUGUGCACAGACUGACCUGCAUUUGCAAGGUCAUGCACAUUCAGAGCCAAAGCUAUGUUUCAAACUCUUCCAUCCCCUGAACCGACUUCUACGCUGUAGAUUGGCAGUUCGGAGAUAUCAUUAACGUGCAGAUAGGACUAUAAAGAAGUGUCUUUAAAGCUUGGUUGCAUAGCUUUUAAAGAUACAUUGCCUUACUUUUUUGCUUGUGCAAUGACGUAAAAGAUUGAGGGAGAUAUGUUGCCGGAAAUUAUAUUAUGACACGCGUGUUGUAACAGAUUCAUUUACACCUUGCUACAAUUCCAUAACCCUUGUCGGUCCUCAACUCUUGCUCAGAGAUAAGUUAUUGCACUAGCUGAAGGGUUCCUUCCUCUGUUCAUCGGUGUUAAUUACACCAUGUUUCAUCCAGAUCUCACCCUUCUGGCCAGUCCAAUCAGUGCCACCAUAAAGGCAGCAGUGUCAUGGCCGUAUUCUAACAUACCAAAGUUAUAAUUUAUUCAUUGCCUGCAUUUAAAAAUGUUGUCGACGCCAUGAAUCACAUGCUUUGCGUAUUGCUUAUAUCCAAGCCAUCAACUCUAUAGAACAACAGUAGUUCAUUCCAGGCUCAUAAAGUGUUGCUUCUGAACUGUGUUAACUUAAGGGGAAAAAAAAUUAAGCCUAAGCUUCCCCUCUGUUGAAUUUCACACCCAAGGCACAGAGCUGGUAUGUCAAUGUGGCAUCUCACAUUUCAAAGCAUUCUCACAUAAUUGCACCGUUAUUGUGGGAAAAAAAAUGUUAUCAGAACUUGCUAAGUUGAACCUAUGGUUUGGUUAGAACGCAGUGCAAUGUUCCUUUGUCAGCAAAGAGUUUACUUUCUCCACAGCUCAUGCUGUCAACAUCCACAACACUGCAGGACGAAGGUGCGGUAACUUCAAGUUGGCAUUGCCACCUGUCUUUCAUUUCUGUGUCUCUUUCCUGGCUCAUCAUGCCUCUGCUCACAAUAUUAAUGACAUUACUUAUGCUUUGCUCAGAAUCGAUAUUACUGAUUUCCCACUAAUUAAGCUCAGCCUAACAUACCUCUUUAGAGUUGCUUUAAACCUUGCUUUUAUAACAAUCACUGAUAUGAGGUGAUAUCUUGAAUACGCCCUUGCCUGUUCCUCUCUCAUUGUGCGGCAUACUAGCUGUUCCGUACAGCCUACCAUGAAAGUGCUUGCUUGCUGUUGGUUUGCUCCUGUUUGUUUGAAUGUCCCAUAUGGAAGAUAGAUUACAACCUAAUUGCUUAAUGGUUAAGCGUAAAGCAUAAUGGAAGUGGCAGUACAUGUGGGUUAUCAAAAUAACCUAUGCACGUUGCCGUUGAAGUGUGCAGACACAUUAAUACUCUACUGUUUCAUGUGGGUGCAAAGCUUGCGUGUUGCUGAUCUUCCUUGUGCUUUUGAUUGGGUGCUCAUUUGAGCUAACUAUAGUCUAGAAGGCACCAUGGUGAUAUCCAGCAUGCUCUCGUUAGAAAGGUUUGUUACUGGCAAGAACGGGCACAGCAGUUCCAGUGACACGAGUUCUUUAGACCUUGCAGUUUCACUAAGAAGUUGUCAUUUCGUACAAAAGUUAUUCACAAAGCAGCUUGUGGCAUUGCUGAGAAGUCGCAGUUUGGCACGUUUUGUGGGUUGAGAUAUUUUGAAUGCAUUGUGGUCAGUCAGCCAUUUGUGAUUCAUUCGUUCAAAACGAAAGACUUCACGUGUUCAUGUGCACACACGCACAAGUUCUUUGUGAAGAAGAGAGCGAGCAAUUUUUUGCUGUUUUCGACACGAGACAGUAAAUUCCCUGCUGCAUGCAGUGGAACAAUAUUUGGCCCCCGUGUUCACAGGAGCCUCGUCUGCAAAUUGGCAGCGUUUUCUUACUGUGUUUAAAAAGUGUUUCAGAGCUGAAAAUACAUUUAAAGCAUGGCUGAACAUGGCUAUAGUAUAACUAAAGCUCCGUGGCUGAGGGUAUCAUUGUAAUGUAAUAUCAAUACAUCACUUAUCCAUAAGUACAGAGGGCUGGAAGGAAGACAGAAUGAAAAUUGGAAAAAAGUUCAUUUGACGAAGUUUUAAUCCUCUUUAGGUAGGCAACAAUCUGCAUUUACUCGGAGUAAUUUUCUGCUUACUGUAUACGAGAGAAAACUGAAGGAAUGCAUAAUACCCUUACAGAAAAAUGCCCUCCAGGACAGUGUAACAGAGUUAUGUUUAUAGUACCAUACAUCUUACAAGUAAAGCCAAAUGGUACGUGUUUUAGCAUCACUGUGCUUCCGAAGUUAGAACACUGGCAAAAUCUUUAUUGAAGAAAGUCAAGCAUGUUUUGAUUGUUAGUUUGGUGACAUAAACUCCUAAGUCAAAGGGUAAAAGAUGUGCAUACUCUUGUGUGCAUUCAUUUAGGCUACUGCAGCCUUCUGCAUCUCCUAUUUUUUCAAGGCUGUGUUAAGGUAAGGUUCUUUCUGAACAAAGAGCUUCUCCCUGAUCUUGCUGUUGUUUCCUGGUUACAAAAUGGACAUUGGCAGAAACAGGCAGCCACAAAUGAUCCUCUAAGGUGCCUUGCAUACAGAGUGGUCAACUGUUAGAGGAGUCAACACACAAGCACAGGGCAUGCGCAAAUUUCCUUUUGUGACACGUGCAGAAGCGUAUGUAUGUGGGCCAAACAUUUUCAUGUUCCCUUUAAGAAUUGACUGCCUGUACAACCACGAAACACCAACCAGUCCCGCAGAAAGUUCACUUAGGACAUUGCUUCUUGGGAAGUAAACCUGUCCUCUUAUGUUCCUCAUCGUUUUCUUCAAGUCAUUACGUUAGUUUUCAGUAGAGGGUGCUUGUCAAGUUGCCUGUCUUUUGAAAUAGCCCAUUUGUACCAACGACAUGUCUAAUGAAUAUAUUAUGAUGCGAGCCACAAUUUAGACUGCCUACCCGUUUGAUCUCUUGCAUGUGCAGCUGCUGGCAAAGUUGGAAAGUGAAACAAUUACGCAUCUCUAACAAGUACACUUUUUCUUUUAACAGAGUAGGGUCAACCUGCUGAAAAAAUUUUAAUAUAAUUUGCAGUUGUUCCUACCUACUACUGUGGUAGCUUGGAGCAUGAAGGCGUAUGUAAGCAGAAGCCAAUGAAGAGCGAUUGUUUCUUUGGCUUGUGGAGGUCUAUGUCAUGUCCUUUCUCUGGUAGAGCCCACAAGUUGGCUUUUGUGUGAAUUUUAAUCACAGCCUGAAAUGAACUGUUUGGUGAGUUGAUUGAUAAUAGUUUGUUUGAGCAAUACAAAGGAAAAGAUGCAAGUUGCACCUGCGCUAAUGUAAUGUAUGCAUAUAUUUUGUGUUUGUUCAUCUUCUUUUCUCAACCAUGAUUUUUAUGCACUGUUGUUUGUGAUAAUCGGGUUUACUGUGAUGUGAUCUCAAAAUAUGCAGUUCUGACUGUUUUGUCAUGUUUACAGCUUGAGGUUCCACACAUCUUUCUUUUUAAUGUGCUGACGAAUGUGUUUAGUCACAGUGAGAUUGGGAUCUCACAAAUUAGGAAACCGCAAUGUGGUUAAAUUUUUAUUUGUUCCAUACCUUCUCGUACAAAAGCCUAACCUUGUGUUUUAGGCGCCCUUAAUUGCUCUUGUACAGUGCACGCAUUUGUUGUUUGACAUUGUAUUCAGUGGAGAGUGUAUUGCUAUGACUGCAGCUAAUGUGCAUUCAUAAUGGUACAAGCAUUGUUCCGUGCUACAUAUGGGGGUGUGCAAAACUUUCGAAAAGUUUUGCUUUGACUUAGCUGAAAAGCAUCCAGCUCAUUGUAAAACACAUCUUGCUUUUCUUUUUUUCUUCUUUUCGUGCUUGUAAUCCGCAUCGUUUUUGGUAUCUUCUGGGAGUUGUGGUUCUUCGUUUUUAAUCGCUGUCAUCCUCCAACGAGUUAUGUCUGCCAACUGGGUAAGCGGUAUGAAUAGUAGAUAGCUAAAUAUUCACUCACUAGCUGUUGAGGGCAGCUUCCUAAGCUCGCAGCGUGGCAGCUAUUAGGUUCACUUCAUACCACGUCACCGACAUUCAGCAUCUGUUUUGAUUGCUUUGCACCAUGCUACCCUCCAUGGGGGUGUAGAAGCUUGCACAGUUACUGUUGCACGAAACCACUUUUCAUAAGAAUCAUGAGCACUUGGUGUAAGUCUGCCCUUUUUGCUCACCGCUCAUCUAUCUCUGUCCACUCCCUCUUUUUUUUCUUAGGUGAUUUCAAAUAGGUGCAUGUAGUGUAUAUACAUUUUCAGCAAUACCAUUAGAUAUUUUUGAUGCCUUCACCUGUUUCAUUGCUGCGUGGCCUAGCAAGCCAAGGGCACCGCAAUGGGAGGUCAUUUUCAGUGCAUGCUGAAUGUUUUCACCAGUUUCAUUCUCUCAGUGGCCUAAUUUCUUGCUGACAAUAUUUUAAUGUCACGUCGCCGUUGGGUGUAUAGGCUGCAUUGGACAGUAGAAACUUCGUGUUGUACACUUCUGUCACUUCUGCUAGGCUUCUGCUCCGUCUUGCUGGAUACUUCUGCUCUGAUGUGAAUGUGUACUGCUGAAAAUAGCCAGUUGGGGAACAAAGCAGAAACUCAUUGAUGAUGUUUGAAAAAAAAAAUAUUUGUGAUGUGUGAAAAUGGGGUAUUUAUGAUGUUCUCUGCUGUGAACAUGUGAACUGGGGGAUCGUAUGACCCCCACAUGUACCGGUGAGUUCCGUAUUGUACAUAACCUCCUUGUUGAGCACCUCCAGGAAAGAAAAAGGAACACGUACUCUCCAUUACGUGCAUGUAAACAGGAAAAUUGCACAAACUGGAGGUGCACCAUUAAGUUCUGUAAUGUACAUGUUGAACAUGUACAUGUUCAACAGGUACUGUAAUGUACAUCUUGAACCCUUUCAAAAAAAAAAUGAACAUGGACUAUCAUGUGUUUCCCUCCCAGUGUUAGCUAGAAUGUUGCCGUUGCAAUGUAACAAAUCAAAAGUCUGAAUUUUUCAGUUUUAUGUGUACUACAACAGCAGCUAGCAGAAAACGUACUUGCCUGCUGAGUCUUUCAUCGAUUUUUAUGCAACCUAACCAUCCAAAGCAUGACCUAACGCGUGCCAAUCAUUUUAGGGCAGCCAAUCAUUUUAGGGCAGUUCUCCUCCUGGAUGUUGUGCAACCUUUCUAGGUGUCGUGUGGCUAUUUGGCGGUGUGUUUCCCUUCCACUGCACCUAGGUGGCCUAGCUGCUUUUAGGUUGGUCAAGAAUAGCUUUCCACCAGGCCUGAACCGAGUUUCGGGGCAGAUCAUAAGAGUUCCCUACAAAAGUGACCAGAGAGAACUCUGGCGCUGCAAUCGAGCAGCUACCGUCAGAACGACGGAUAGCAAAUGGAUUUCUCUCGUUCUUUUGUGCUUGUGGCUUCAGACAACGCCACCAUUAAGUUUUAUGCUUCAUCUUUCCAUAUUUUGAAGGCAAUCAUAUUCUUUUUAAGUGCACGAAGACAGUAAGUUUGGGUGCACAUGCGUAGUCACUGCGAGUCGCUGUGUUUACAAACACAACAUUUCAUUUGGAAAAAUGUAAUAUUUCAAGGUUGCAUAACCAUUAGAAGCCAGAAGGAUGAAGUUUAGGCAAAUGGGCAUGUCCUACCUAUCUUUGCCGCGCUUGCGGAACCAGCACACUUGCAGCGCCAGGAGGCACUACCGGCAGAGUUCUCUCUAGAAAUUUCUGUCAGAAACUCGUAUAGCCGAGUUCCGCACUAGAGUGCGACACUUUUUUUUUACACUUUAGUGUUAGUGACAUUACAUGAUGAAGAAAGUUUGUAUCUCUAUACAGUGUUGAUCAUCAUUAGUGCUACAAGAUCAUUUAUGAGAUGCGUUUGAAAGUAGGUCACGUUAGUAAAUUGCCUUGCUAGACUCCUCUUCCUGCACAUAGAGUUGUAUAUGUGGUUGUGAAGCACAUGUGCUAUUUAAACCCGGUUUCAGCUUUUCAUGAGCUGGUGAGCUUUUUUUUUUCUCUCUCAUUUUUUUUACAGGUUUGGUUCUGAAAUGUUAAGGUGUGUGUCCGUGUACACUUUCACAGUGUCCCUAUCGAAAAAAAAAGCAAUAUGCCCCAUAUUCAAUCAUCCCGUAUGAACAUAAUGUGGGGCCCCCUUAUAAAAACCCAUUAGCUUCCAUAUAUCAUAUCGAGCAAGUCUUGUAUGAGCAUAUGGAAGUCCCAUAUAGAAGCCUGUUUGCUCCCACAUAUAACGUACGGCCAAUCUGAUAGAUAUUUGGCAACAUGGAGGCUUUUGUAUGGGACCCCCAUUGGUUCAUAUGGGAUUAUUGGGUGUAGGACUUGUGGAGUUUUUCAUUAGGGGUAGCUACAGCCUACCCAAUGUAGGAAUGGGAAGAAGACAAUGGUUGUUUUGUUGGAAAGUUUGUCCUGAAGUUUAUUGCACUUGAUUGCUCAGACUGAUGUAUCGAGCAAGUUAUCUUGCUUCCAAGUUGGUUGUUACUGUGGAGAUCCGUCGAUAGUAUUGUUUCAUCAUUAUUUCCUUUCUUUCUGUUUUGUAAGGUUGGUACUGUUUGUGAUCGCUACUUGCACUUUAACCAACCGCGACUUGUUUUGGGGGGCUUCAGAAAAAAAUUCUGUUGCUGAGGAAUGUGUCGCUUACACUACUGGAGGUGGGAAGCUCAAAGAGAAGCGGCGAGGAAGCUGUUCUUGGUGAAUCCUUUCCUCGUUAUGUGAUAAACACCAGAAUAUCUACGCAGACAGCUUCUGUUUGCGACUAUGGUUUUGGUUUUCCUACAAAUAUUUGGAAACUCAAAGAGCUAAAUUGUGCCCACCGAUUCUUUUAUGAAAAGGACUUUGCGACGAAAUCAUCUUAGCAAUGUUAGACUAACUUUCUUGUGGCGUUGAAUUCAGAGGCAAAGAAGUGUAACCUGUGAUACCUGGCUUGCCAGGGGGCAAUCUUUAUUUUAAACCUUAGGCCCCGGCAACUACUCCUUGAUCUUUUGUUUAGAGACCUUUUCUUGCUAAUUAUUAUUCACUUUUCUUGGAUCACUGUGUAAUACAUGGGAAGGCAGCGAAACCAGUAUUAAAAAGAAGGAGUACUGACAUAUAUUUUCGAAGUUGUAGAAAACCUAUAACAUGCUUCUUACAUGCCAAAAAGAAAAGACAAAAAUCUACAAGUAUGGAAACUUCAGCAACUGAGGUUUGUGGUAUACACAAGAUAUUUGACCCUAAGGUUGGGGCUCUCCAAAUGCCUGAACUCGCAUUGUUGGCAUUAUCUAGACGUCGUGACUCGGAGUAAAAUUUGAUGAUGUUAAUGUAUCAAUAAAGCUAGGUACAAUGAUCUCACUCAUAAAAAGUAAAGAACAGUUCUGUGUGCCCCUUUUUUUUCCUUCCGGCUUUUGCAUCAUGCUGCUGUGUACUAAAGCUGAAAUCGGGUCAUAGAAACAAGUUCUUUAGGCCACUCUGAUGGUUGUCAAUAUUUUUCUUUGAUUUAAAGGGCUUGGUGUUUCAUCUAACACAAAAAAAAAGAAACGAGAAGUAGAAAAUUUUGUUAGUACUCCUGAAAAAAAAUCAAAUAUAAUAUAUGCUUGCCUGAACUUUCAUACUUUUUUUUUAUUUGUGCUAACAAAUGCUGACAGAUAAAAUCCUCUUUUAUUUUAACCUUUUAUUUUGCAAAUGUUGUGUGUGUAGUCAAGAGAGAGUUAUUCAUAAGAGAGAUGGACAAAACUGUCAAAUUUUUUGUUUUUUAUAUGGUUUGUGAGGAGUCUGCUCUCUGUCUAGUCUUAUAUGCAUGAUCAUUUGUUUACAGAAGUGAAUUGACAAUGUUGCCCUUAUUUACAUAAUCCUCAAUUUGUCACAUGUCUCAUUUAAGGGGUGUCAGUUUUAUAAUGAUCUUGACAUUUCUCUUUGGUAUUUCUAUCCAUGCCUUUUAUGAACGGUGGUGGUUAAUCAAUGGUCUGUACAUGUUGCAAAUAAAAAUCACUUUCUUUACACAAGA